AUAAGUUUCGUUUCCCCCUCAGUUUCCCAAAUCAGGUGUGAGUUGUGAUUCAGCUGAAAGUGCAUUUUGUUCGUGGUUUGAUUCAAGAUGGCAAGACGCAUGAUGUCCCGGUUUGGCCAGUGGUCUUCUUAUGUUUUUGCAGUGGACUUCGAUACGAAUUCUGACCCAAUCUACUUCGCCCUAGCAAGCAAGCAUAGCGAGCAGCCACAAGUGUUCAGAAAUGUCCUCGCUGAUGAAACAUGCUACUCGCUCCAUGUCCAGAGCGAUGACAAAAUUGAAAGAGCAAAGUUUUAUGGAGGACUGAAAAACAAACUUUCAAAAGAGUUACCUCCAGAAUGUACGAUUUUGGAAAUGUUCACAUUUCAGCCUAAUGUCAAAGAUUCUGUCAUCAAAGGAUAUUUUAUAAAAGACGCAUCUAAGUCCUCAGCGACUGAACGAGUAUUAGGCGAGUUGCUUCGCAAUGACCCAGUCUAUGUAUGCUCCUACUUGUGCGGGGGAGAGGACAGACAGUGGUCGCAACACCUGUGGUCCAAUACAGAAGACGGUUGGGUGGAGGUGUUGGAAAAAUACUGCGUGGUACCUGCUGAAAAGCCAGAGCAUCAUCCUUCAACUCUCAACAUCAUAAACUAUGACGUGUUCUACAGUUUUGAGGAUGCCUACAAAGUUCUGCAACAGUGUGUUGACAUCAUCCCUGAGUCCAAGGCAGUGCUGGAGCUUGUGGACCAGCGACCCGAGUCUAAGGAGAAAACAGCCUUUCCUGUUAUUGUCAUAGAGGGAUUGGAUGCUACAGGUAAAAGCACUCUGACUGAGUCUCUGACGGAGGCACUGGGGGCCACUCUCCUGAAAUCCCCUCCGCAGUGUCUGUCCCCAUGGAGGGCCCGCUUCGACACUGAGCCCCCCCUCAUCCGUAGGGCCUUCUACGCCCUUGGGAAUUACCUGACAGCAGGACAGAUAGGCCAGGAGGCCAGACAAGCACCUGUCAUUGUAGACAGGUACUGGCACAGCACAGCAGCCUACGCCAUUGCCACGGCGGUGGGUGGUAAGCUGGGUAACCUGCCCCAGGCUGGCAGUGAGCUGUAUGGCUGGCCAGGGGACCUCCUGAGGCCCAGCCUGGUGCUGAUGCUCAGCCUCAGCUCACAGGAGAGGAUGAGGAGACUACAGGUCAGAGGUCAGGACAAGACCAUGGAGGAGGAGGAGCUGGAGGCCAACCACCUGUUCAGACAGAAAGUGGAGGAGGCUUACCAGCGGGUUGAGGGCCCUGCCUGCAUCACUGUGGAUGCCAGUCCUUCUCCAGACCAAGUGCUCCAACAAGUGCUACUUUUAAUUAGGGAAAAAUGCCACUUGUAAACAGCUCCUCUCCUCCUCUCCCAGUCUUUCCCCAGAUGGCUGAUAUUCCGUUGUGGUCCACUAGGUGGUAGUAGAGUGCCAUUGAUUUGACAGAGGCAGGGCGAGUGAGAAGAGGGCAGGGUGUAGUGGAGGGUCUGGACUGUGGAUAAGCCUCAUAUGGCAAAGGGCCAGUACUACACACUCACACACACAAUCAUGCAUGCACACAGUAGCACACAGUCUCUCUCCUUCACACACACACACACACACACACACACACACACACACACACACACACACACACACACACACACACACACACACACACACACACACACACACACACACACACACACACACAGAUAGAGCCAAGACCCCGACCAGUGCAUGUCACAACAUGUCCUAUUCUGUAUGACUGCCAUCAGUGAGAUGAGGAGAAACGUUAUUAUGAAUGCCAUUGUGUUCUGUCAGUAGUGAUACUUAGGGAUAUGCAGCCAGACAGCCCGCGGUGACAACCAUUUUUUAUUAGGCCUGAGAUUCAGGAAAUGAAAGGCAGGGUUUGUAUAUUCAUCAGUCACUUCUAUUUCAUUGAAACGUAUGGGCCAGCAGCUAACUCUACAUUUUCCUUUUGAAGUAGCUAUAUGGACCCAGGGAUUCAAACGCACACACAGAGCAAUAUGAUACAUUUCACAUUACAAUAACACUGCUCAAUUGUUUGAGUACUAUUUCAAAUUAAAGGAAACAUGUUAAAUAUACCAGAA